AUGGAGGAUGUGGAGGACGCGAGGAAGAUGGAGGAGAUUUGGGACAUGGAGGACGUGGAGGAGAUGGAGGACGUGGAGAAGAUGGAGGAUCUGGAGAAGAUGGAGGAGAUUUGGGACAUGGAGGACGUGGAGAAGAUGGAGGACGCGGAGGAGGUGGAGAAGAUGGAGAACGCAGGGAAGAUGGAGGAGAUUUGGGACAUGGAGGAGGUGGAGGAGAUGGAGGACACGGGGAAGAUGGAGGACGUGGGGAAGAUGGAGGACGUGGGGAAGAUGGAGGACGUGGGGAAGAUGGAGGACGUGGGGAAGAUGGAGGACGUGGGGAAGAUGGAGGACGUGGGGAAGAUGGAGGACGUGGGGAAGAUGGAGGACGUGGGGAAGAUGGAGGACGUGGGGAAGAUGGAGGACACGUGGGGAAGAUGGAGGACGUGGGGAAGAUGGAGGACGUGGGGAAGAUGGAGGACGUGGAGGGGAUGGAGGACGUGGAGGACGUGGGGAAGAUGGAGGAGAUUUGGGACGUGGAGAACGUGGAGGAGAUGGAGGUGGAGAAGAUGA